AUGCAACAAAAAAGCAUUGUUGAUUUUUUAUUAAGCCAUAGAAGGUAUCAAGUGCUGUGGUGGGGAUUUGGCCCUACUAUACUUGAGUACUUAUGUAAACAAAAAAGUUUUAAUGCUAAAGAGCUAUUAGAAAAACAUAAAAAUAAUAUUGCGUUGGAAAAAGAGAGUUUAGAGUUACUUGCAGCACUUGGUGAAAUCAAAGCUUACUGGUGGUGGCCGUGGAGCGCUAAAGUUAAAGAAGUUGUUUUAAGUGAAAGUCAAAAAGAAAGAGCAGAAAAAUAUUCAAGCUAUUUUUUCUUACAUCGGGUAGUGUUAGUGAUGUUUACCUCAGUACUUACCCAUCGUAUUGUGUUUUUUCAACAAAGUGGAGGUUAUAUGAAUAGAAAUCAACAAUGUAAUAAUUCUGAAGAAUCGUCAGCAGUACAAAUAGGACAACAGCUACCAGAAGCUACAGGUAGUUUAACAGCUCAAGAUCAAUUAAGUAUUCAGCACCUAAAUUUCCUUGGGUCCGCAAUGGUUUAUAAUGUGGAGUUGGGAUGGGCAUUGCAUUUAAUGGGGUUUUCUUCGCAAACUUUAAGUGAAUUAGAUAAGAGCUUAGCCCGUGUAAGAGAGGCAAAUUAUAGUAAAGAAGCAAUGGAAGGAUAUGCCUCAUCUUUUAAAGAAAUAGUUACAGAUAAAUAUAGAGAGUUGGCACGGAAGGUGCAUUCAGAUAAGCAAGAUGCACGAAAUUCAUCAAACAUGCAAGAUGAAAAAAUGAAGGACUUAACUAGUAUGAAGGAAGUCAUGAAUGGGUUAUAUGAAGCUUCAAAAGAGAAAAGCAAUACCUUUAG